AAGCCUUGAUUUUAGUUCAGUACAUCACUGUCAAAGGAACAUCAAAGGUUCAGUAGAAGUCUCACAUGUGAAGACACAGAAACUGCUUGGCUGAUUCAAAAUGGGAACAACAAGUGAUGAGAUGGUAUCUGUGGAACAGACCUCCUCCUCUUUCAAUCCUUUGUGUUUUGAGUGUGGUCAGCAGCACUGGACAAAAGAAAACCAUUUGUACAAUUACCAGAACGAGGUGGAUGACGACCUGGUCUGCCAUAUUUGCCUUCAGCCUCUGUUGCAGCCCCUGGAUACCCCCUGCGGACACACAUUCUGCUGCAAGUGCCUCAGGAACUUCUUACAAGAGAAAGAUUUCUGUCCCCUGGAUCGGAAAAGACUUCAUUUUAAAUUGUGUAAGAAGUCUAGUAUUCUAGUUCAUAAGCUUCUGGACAAGUUAUUAGUGUUAUGUCCAUUUUCUUCAGUGUGCCAAGAUGUAAUGCAACGCUGUGAUCUGGAAGCACAUCUUAAAAACAGAUGUCCUGGAGCUUCUCAUAGGAGAGCUGCCCUAGAGAGAAGGAAAACUAGUAAAACUCAGACAGAGCUUGAAAAUGAAAAUGGACCCACUCUUAUAGAUCUGCCAGGUGCUUUACCGCCUGAAACAGACUGUUUGGGAACAGGCACAGCGCCCACCGAGCGAAACUUGACCCCAGCAUCUCUUCCCUUGUGGGAGGAGCCAGGCCUGGACAAUCCUGCCUUUGAGGAGAACAGUACAGCUGACAGUGCUCAACAACCUCUUAGCUUACCAGAAGGCGAAAUUACCACAAUUGAAAUCCACCGGUCCAAUCCUUAUAUUCAGUUGGGAAUUAGCAUUGUGGGUGGCAAUGAAACGCCGCUGAUUAACAUCGUUAUCCAGGAAGUCUAUCGGGAUGGAAUAAUUGCCCGAGAUGGAAGACUCCUUGCUGGAGACCAGAUUCUUCAGGUGAACAACUAUGAUAUCAGCAAUGUGUCCCAUAACUAUGCGAGAGCUGUCCUCUCCCAACCUUGCAAUACGCUGCAUCUCACCGUACUCAGAGAAAGACGCUUUGGCAACCGAGCUUAUAGCCAUUCUGACAGCAAUGCACCACGAGAAGACAUAUUCCAUGUGGUUCUCCAUAAACGGGACUCUGGUGAACAGCUCGGUAUUAAACUUGUACGAAGGACAGACGAGCCAGGCGUCUUUAUUCUUGACCUAUUGGAAGGGGGGCUGGCUGCUCAGGAUGGGCGGUUGAGCAGCAACGACCGAGUACUCGCCAUCAAUGGACAGGACCUGAAACAUGGGACUCCUGAGCUUGCCGCCCAAAUUAUUCAGGCUAGUGGAGAGAGGGUGAAUUUAACAAUUGCUAGACCAGGGAAACCCCAGCCAGCUAACACUAUCCGAGAAGCAGGAACUCAGAGCAGCAGCCAACACCAUGCACAGCCACUGUAUCACAGCAGACCCAACUCACAUAAGGAUCUUACCCAGUGUGUUACAUGCCAAGAGAAACACAUAACAGUGAAGAAGGAACCACAUGAAUCCCUUGGAAUGACCGUAGCUGGUGGCAGAGGAAGUAAAAGUGGUGAACUGCCCAUCUUUGUAACCAGUGUGCCUCCUCAUGGUUGUCUUGCACGAGAUGGCAGAAUCAAGAGAGGUGAUGUUUUACUGAAUAUCAAUGGCAUUGACUUGACCAACUUAAGUCACAGUGAGGCUGUUGCCAUGCUGAAAGCCAGUGCUGCAUCCCCUGCUGUUGCCCUGAAAGCACUUGAGGUUCAGAUUGUUGAGGAGGCAACUCAGACCACAGAAGAGCAGCCAAGUACUUUCAGUGAAAAUGAGUAUGAUGCCAGCUGGUCCCCAUCAUGGGUCAUGUGGCUUGGUCUUCCAAGUGCCCUUCAUAGCUGCCAUGAUAUAGUUUUGCGAAGAAGCUACCUGGGAAGUUGGGGCUUUAGCAUUGUUGGUGGAUAUGAAGAGAACCAUACCAAUCAGCCUUUCUUCAUUAAAACCAUUGUCUUGGGAACUCCUGCUUAUUAUGAUGGAAGAUUAAAGUGUGGAGAUAUGAUUGUGGCUGUGAAUGGCCUGUCGACUGUGGGCAUGAGCCAUUCCGCAUUGGUGCCCAUGUUGAAGGAGCAGAGGAACAAAGUCACUCUGACAGUUAUUUGUUGGCCAGGCAGCCUGGUGUAGAUUUUUGAAAUUGACUUUUAGUCAAAAGCUUCCCUUUUUAGGUUUUAGAAAGAAAAACGUUUAGUCUCAUUGUUUCUGGUUCUUAGGAGCUACUAAGCUGGUAUGUGCAGGGCCAAAACCACUAAGGUUGUCCUUUUGUUUUUAUUUAAAUGAUUUUCCUCAAGUUAGCCACAUUUCUUUCAGCUUUGAAAGUCUUCCACUAACUCUUGUGAGUUUGUAUUUUCAGAAACUAGACUCUCAGUUGUCAGAAUGUGAUCGGUAAUAAUGAAUGAAGCCUGCUCAAACUGUGACCCAACCAGCUGACUAGUGAGCUACCAGUGGUUCUUUGUUUUGAAUAACUGAAUCAUAAAUGAGUUGCAUGUACUCAGCCUAGUGUAGUAGCAUUAGCAUUUGCUGCCACUGUGGCAACCAGUGGAGACAUUUAAGUUUGGAUGAUAACCCUCUCCCACUUAUAGGUGCCAACAUUUCAGAACUCUGUACUGUUUAUAAGGUGAUUUUUCUGGCUUAUUUUUACUUUAAUCUCUCAGUGCUCAUAGAUGAUGAAGACAUUAAGUCUGAUACCACUAAAGAGAUUCUUUCUAAUUAUGUAACAUUAUUAGAAUAGUAGAGAAUAAAGGAUAAUGUUAUCCAGUGACAAAGGAAUUUGGGAGGUAAUUAUAGUUUAGUGCUGGAGAUGGUAAAAGUUUCAUUUACUUGAACAGUCCAAAAGCAUUAAAGAUUCAUUUCCAAAGGAAUGUUUUUGUUAUGUAGGAAAGUUUUGAAGCAGUUUUUGCUAAAAAUCUUUUUCUAGAGUUUGUAUUAUAUUUAUCAGCAAUCUUGGCUGGAAAUGUUUUUAUGAUAAGCAAUUAAAUUAGAUAAUGAAGAUGAAACCAUAUUGUUACCAAGUACACAUUCAUAGCUAAGUAGGCAAAGGUAGACUUUUUUUAUUUUAUUCUAAGAAAGAGCCUUGAGUAUUUUGGAACCCUUAUUUUUUCCAGCUAUUGCUUUUCUUAUAAACUUAAUUAUUUCCAAAAAAGACUGAAAAGUUCCAGUUUUCAUCUCAAAUGGUAGUUUUUAGUUGUUAGUAUCAGUCAGUUCUUGGUCACUAAAUUUUUAUAUUUUUGAAAUGUUUUUGGAAGCUAUGACUAGCCCAUUCUGUUUGUCCUUUACUCAACAAGGUUGUCCUUAGAAGAAUACAUAAAGAAGUGAAUAAGAGAAAAGUAUCUUUACCUUAUUAAUAUUAUGCAUACUUGAAAAAAGUUUCAUUUAGAAACCUAGUUCAGAAUCUGAGCUAAUUUACAAGUGACCUCUGUAACAGAUAGUAUUGAUUAUCAGAGAAUGUAUUUCAAAAUACUGCAGUAUAUGAUAAAGCAUGACCACUUUAUUUUCAAACUUAGCAGUUGUAUUGCUGGGGUUUAUUGUAUCUGUAGCAUGUCACUGAUUAUUCCAGUUAGUUUUGUAAUGGUUUUUUAAACAUAUCACUUUUGAAUAAAUAAGAAAUGGCAACAAUAAUUGCUACUGACUUGUUCAACCCCUUAGCUACACUGUGUGGUCAACAUUUAACCAAGAUGCAGUGGGAUGCCCCCUACAGUAUAUUACUGUAACAUGAUGAUUGACUUUUGAAGCAAUUUGAUAUUGAAAUGCUUUGAUAUUCUAAUUGACAUGGAACAAGUUUUUUUCCUGCUUCCCAAAUAGAAUUUUAUAACCUACUUUGCUAUUUUUUUAAACAUUUUAUAAGAAUGCAUCAUUUCUUGGGGAGUGACCAUCCAUCAGCAAAUAUCCUACUGCUACUUUAUUAUAUGAAAAAUCGUUUGAUUGAACUCAGUGGUAUAAUGAGUAUUUUAAAAGAAGAACUUUUUCAAUAUUAUUUUUAUCAAGGAAAUCUUGGAGCCAGCUUAAGCGCUACAUUUUAUCACACAAAAAAAGCUAGCAUUUGGUCAGAAUGAUAUUUGGUGAUGGAAACUUGUUCAUAAUUUAUUGUUACUGUUGAAAUAUUUGAAUUUCCUCAUUUUAAGCUUAACUAGUUAAAUAUUUUGAUUUGUUCUGUGCCUUCAGUUUAAAUUAUUUCAGGAUUUUCCAGAUGUGUUUAAAUAAUGGUGUGAUAAUCAUUCAGGAUGGAAAUAA